GUUGUUGUAAAAACCGGGUGCAAGGAGACUGCUUCUCUUCCAAAACUCGAGAAACCUUCCGAUCACUUUAAGUCACCAGUCACUUUCUGGACUCAUAUCUCCAUUGGCCUCAGACGCCUAAGGUCCGACACUUCAGAAGAAGGCCGUGCAGUCUUCUUGAUUAUAUGUACUUUGAUAAUCACAUCCACUUAUCAAACCGCACUGCAGCCUCCGGGAGGUGUACACCAAUCCGAGGGUGGAGGUACAGCGGUGAUGAAGCAGACAGUCUUCAUCGUCCUAUGGGUUUCCAACACUAUAGGCUUCUGUUGCGCUCUACUCUACACGUUUUGUCUCCUGCCAAUUGGUAGCUUGUUUACCACAUGGUUCUUUUGGAUUGGAGCGUCUCUCGGAGUUUCUUAUGCACUCGCUAUGGCUGUAAUCUCACCUAAUCCUCUAUUGUUUCUCUGUGCCGCCUUCACCUUGUACCUGCUCUUUCCUAUGUAUCUCUUGAUGGAAAUUUUCAUAUCCCUGAGGCUGA